AUGAUCCAACAGCCACCACCCGAUCAAGUCGAACUUAAAGAGGAAGAGGAAGAGGAAGAAGAAGAGGAAGUAGUAGGAGAUAAUGCUGCUGGGGAGGGCGCUAAAAAGAAGAAAAAGAAGAAAAAGUCCAAGAAGAAAAAGACUGCAGCCCCGGCAGUUCAAAGUGAUCCACCCCGUGUAGGCAAUGCUUACCGCACGACCUCUGCCGAGAAGAAGGAAGCUGAGCGGAUUGCCUGUGGAGACCCAGAAACUACUUACCAAGACAUCCGUCGUGCUGCUGAAGUACACCGCCAAGUCCGCGCUCACGCUCGUAAACAUAUUCGGCCCGGACAGACCAUGACCGAUAUAGCCAAUAAUAUCGAAGAAGGUGUAAGGGCCCUGGUUGAAGUUCAGGGAAGAGACAAGGCCGGAAUUGAGGCCGAGAACUGGAGAGUGGCAGGGAUUGGUUUCCCGACUGGUCUGAGUCUGAACGAGUGUGCGGCUCACUAUACCCCCAAUGCUGGCGACACGCGCGUCCUCCAGCAGAAGGAUGUACUCAAAGUAGAUAUUGGCGUACAAGUCAACGGCCGUAUCUGCGAUUCAGCAUUUACGCUCUCGUUUGAGCCCACAUACGAUGCGUUGCUGGAGGCAGUCAAGGAUGCUACAAACACUGGAGUUCGAGAAGCAGGAAUCGAUGUGCGUCUUGGUGAUAUAGGAGCGGCCAUACAAGAAGUGAUGGAGUCGUAUGAAGUGGUAGUUGGCACUAAUACUUACCAAGUCAAAUCCAUCGAGAAUCUAUCUGGGCACAGUAUUCACAGGUACAGCAUUCAUGGAAGCAAGUCCGUUCCGAUCGUCAAGACCGCGGACCAGACCAAGAUGGAAGAGGGGGAGCUUUUCGCUAUUGAAACAUUUGGAAGCACCGGCCGUGGCCGAGUGAUUGAUAGUGGCGACUGUUCCCAUUAUGCCAAAAUGCGUAACCCCCGUGGCCCCCUAAGACUGGAGUCCGCCAAAUCUCUUUUGAAGUCGAUUGACAAACAUUUUGGGACGCUUCCAUUCUGUCGGCGGUACUUGGACCGUUAUGGGGAGUCCAAAUACCUUCUUGCUCUGAAAAGUCUCGUCCAAGAAGGAGUUGUCCAGGAUUACCCACCCCUAUGCGAUGUGAAAGGUGCAAUGACCGCUCAGUUUGAACACACUAUCUUGUUACGCCCAACUGUCAAGGAGGUCGUGAGCCGGGGAGAAGAUUACUGA